ACGCGUUUAACUUCCGGAUCACAGCUCACAUGUAACUUUUGGACGUCCGUGUUUUAACUCCCGUGGAUUUGAAAGUUUCCAGGGAUGUUAUCAUUGAACAAUAACUGUGUGACAACAGUGAGAAACUGUAGCGACUCUUAAAUGCGCCGACAGCCGCUAACAUUUGCGUUACGUGUCUGUAGCUGCAGCUUAGCUAGGUUAGUUAAAAUGUGCUAUCAAUUAGAGCUCAGCAAACUGUUUUCGUUGACUAUGAAAGUUGUUUACAAUUAACUUAUUUUUGUUAUCCUUGUUUAUAAGAUGUUACAUCUGUCAACAUAAUGUUAAUUAACUGUGUCAGACGCGUCCUGCCAAGGCGUUUAUCCGCAAUAAAAACCAAACCGUGCACCAGGAGAUGCUGCAGUUCAUCAUCUGCUCAGAGUCUGGACCAGGUCAGGACGCUGCUGCAGCUCUGCGUGGACAGACACUACGUUUCCCCCGGACAGAGUAACGUGGAGCUGUUCCAGCGGGGGAUGUGCUGCAGCUACGGGCCUCUGGGCACGGACCUGAGGAGGAACCUGCUGGACCAGUGGUGGCACUCUGUGACCGCGUCCAGAGCUCAGGUGUUUGGGGUAAACACUCUGAGCAGCAGCGACAGAGCAGCAGAUGGAGGAGGGCAGCUGAGGAUGGUUGAAUCUGAACUUUUAAGACAAAUACUUGAACAGCAGGAGCUGAGCAAAGAGCAACUCAUCCAGGAGGUGCACAGGAUCCUGCAGAGGUCCCCAUCUGUGAGAACAAACUUACUUCAAGGUGCCUUGGAGCAGUUCGUCCCUUCGAUGGAGCUGAUGAAUAGGAAGUUACCGUUUGGUCUGGCUGAGACGGGUCUGUGUUUGCAGCCUUCUGGUGGCUCUAGUUGCCCAGCUGAGGUCACCCAGACUUCUCUGGUGUGGUUCUGCUCAACUCGCACGUCUUCCCAGUGGCUGGAUCACUGGACGCGCCAGAGGCUGAAGUGGUGGAGGAAAUUUGCUCUGUCACCGUCUGACUUCAGCAGCAGUGAGGUCCCGGAGGAGGAACUCGAAGAGCCAGCAUCUCGUGGUGUGAGGAUCAUCUAUAAUUUCCCAUGGGGACAGGAGGUGCUGGAGACUCUGUGGAGUCGAGGAAGCUCCGAGCUGCUGCACACACACAAAGGAGUUCGCUCCAAACUGCAGUGUCGAGAUGCACGAAAGUCAGUUCCUCAUAUUGUCUCAGUAACCGGGAACGUGGACCGUGGCGUGAUGGCUUUUCUGUCCAACUCCCUCCAGCAGCUGAAGAGAGAAGAUGGCAAACAGAGGUUGCAGCAGAGAAAGGUUCUGAAGUUGCAUCCAGUGUUGGCCCCAGUUAAAGUGGCUCUGGACAUUGGUAGGGGAGCGACUGUGGAGCUGAGACGGGUUUGUGAAGGCCUUCUGCAGGAAUUCCAGGAGGCUAAGAUCUCUGCAUGGCCUGGAUAUCUUAAUACUCUGCCAACAUCAAUGGAGCAGCUGAAUGCCAAGUAUGAUGAGAUGGGAGUUCUCUUCUCCGUGGUGAUCGGUGAGAACACGUUGGAGAGCGGCCUCCUUCAGGUCCGCAGCAGAGACACAACCAUCAAAGAGACCAUGCACAUCUCUGAGAUCAGGAAUUUUCUGUCCAGAUACAUCUCUGCAGCUGACAUCUGAGUAUACUGUCCUUUUGUUUUUCAGGAAAAAAGGACAUUUCGUAUCGUGCUGCCUUGAUUUUGUAUCCCUUCUAAAUGCAAAAUACUGCAUGUCAGGGAUUUCCAUGUGCGGAUAAUUCAAAAUAAAUCUUCCCUGAUUGAGCACAAGGUUGUGGAUGUUUAUGUGUUCAGGUAUAUGUGUCAACCUCAUGAUGAAGGCUAUUUUGGAAUGAGAUGUGCACACUGUCAUUGUGCAUGUCCUCCCCAGUUGUUACUAGGCAUAACUUAAGAGACUCAGUCAUCCUACAGGCUCAUUUUAGUAGAUUCAGUGCAAAAAUGUGGAAAUAUAUCUGAACAACGGCAGUCACACCGAAGGAAGUUUUUGAAUAAAUGUUUGUCUAAUUUUCUAUUAAAAUAUGCAAAAUA